GGGGAGGUGAUGAACCUGCUGAUGUUCCUGUCCACGUGGGACGGGAAGGUGCCGCAGCCGGCCAUCCUCAAACCGCGCCCGCUCUGGACGGGGAAGCAAAUCUUCUCGCUCAUCAUCCCCGGGCACAUCAACUGCAUCCGCACCCACAGCACCCACCCCGACGACGAGGACAGCGGGCCCUACAAGCACAUCUCCCCCGGGGACACCAAGGUGGUGGUGGAGAACGGGGAGCUGAUCAUGGGCAUCCUGUGCAAGAAGUCGCUGGGCACGUCGGCCGGCUCCCUGGUGCACAUCUCCUACCUGGAGAUGGGCCACGACACCACGCGCCUCUUCUACAGCAACAUCCAGACCGUCAUCAACAACUGGCUGCUCAUCGAGGAAGGCCCACAACAACGAGCUGGAGCCCACGCCGGGCAACACGCUGCGGCAGACCUUCGAGAACCAGGUGAACCGCAUCCUCAACGACGCCCGUGACAAAACCGGCUCCUCCGCGCAGAAAUCCCUCUCCGAGUACAACAACUUCAAGUCCAUGGUGGUCUCGGGGGCUAAGGGCUCCAAAAUCAACAUCUCCCAGGUGAUCGCGGUGGUGGGGCAGCAGAACGUGGAGGGGAAGCGGAUCCCGUUUGGGUUCAAGCACCGCACGCUGCCCCACUUCAUCAAGGACGACUACGGCCCUGAGAGCCGCGGCUUCGUUGAGAACUCCUACCUGGCAGGGCUCACCCCCACCGAGUUCUUCUUCCACGCCAUGGGUGGCCGCGAGGGUCUCAUCGACACCGCCGUCAAGACGGCCGAGACCGGGUACAUCCAGCGCCGGCUGAUCAAGUCGAUGGAGUCGGUGAUGGUGAAGUACGAUGCGACGGUGCGCAACUCCAUCAACCAGGUGGUGCAGCUGCGCUACGGCGAGGACGGGCUGGCGGGCGAGAGCGUCGAGUUCCAGAACCUCGCCACCCUCAAGCCCUCCAACAAAGCCUUCGAGAAGAAGUUCAAAUUCGACUACACCAACGAGCGCGCGCUGCGGCGGACGCUGCAGGAGGAGCUGGUGAAGGACAUCCUCAGCAACGCCCACAUCCAGAACGAGCUGGAGCGCGAGUUCGAGAAGAUGCGCGAGGACCGCGAGGUGUUGCGCGUCAUCUUCCCCACCGGCGACAGCAAGGUGGUGCUGCCCUGUAACCUGCUGCGCAUGAUCUGGAACGCGCAGAAAAUCUUUCACAUCAACUCGCGCCUGCCCUCCGACUUGCACCCCGUCAAGGUGGUGGAAGGCGUGAAGGAGCUGAGCCGCAAGCUGGUGAUUGUCAACGGGGAGGACCCGCUGAGCCGGCAGGCGCAGGAGAACGCCACGCUGCUCUUCAACAUCCACCUGCGCUCCACGCUCUGCAGCCGCCGCAUGGUGGAGGAGUUCCGCCUGAGCGGGGAGGCCUUCGACUGGCUGCUGGGCGAGAUCGAGUCCAAGUUCAACCAGGCCAUCGCUCACCCCGGCGAGAUGGUGGGCGCGCUGGCGGCGCAGUCCCUGGGGGAGCCGGCCACACAGAUGACCCUCAACACGUUCCACUACGCCGGCGUGUCGGCCAAGAACGUGACGCUGGGCGUCCCCCGCCUCAAGGAGCUCAUCAACAUCUCCAAAAAACCCAAAACUCCGUCUCUCACCGUCUUCCUGCUCGGCCAGAGCGCCCGCGACGCCGAGCGCGCCAAGGACAUCCUGUGCCGCCUGGAGCACACCACCCUGCGCAAGGUGACGGCCAACACCGCCAUCUACUAUGACCCCAACCCGCAGAGCACGGUGGUGGCCGAGGACCAGGAGUGGGUCAACGUGUACUACGAGAUGCCCGACUUCGACGUCAGCCGCAUCUCACCGUGGCUGCUCCGCAUCGAGCUCGACCGCAAGCACAUGACCGACCGCAAGCUGACCAUGGAGCAGAUCGCCGAGAAGAUCAACGCCGGUUUUGGGGACGACCUCAACUGCAUCUUCAACGACGACAACGCCGAGAAGUUGGUGCUGCGCAUCCGCAUCAUGAACAGCGACGAGAACAAGAUGCAGGAGGAGGAGGAGGUGGUGGACAAGAUGGACGACGACGUGUUCCUGCGCUGCAUCGAGUCCAACAUGCUGACUGACAUGACGCUGCAGGGCAUCGAGCAGAUCAGCAAGGUGUACAUGCACCUGCCGCAGACGGACAACAAGAAGAAGAUCAUCAUCACAGAGGACGGGGAGUUCAAGGCGCUGCAGGAGUGGAUCCUGGAGACCGACGGCGUCAGUCUGAUGCGGGUGUUGAGCGAGAAGGACGUGGACCCGGUGCGCACCACCUCCAACGACAUCGUCGAGAUCUUCACCGUGUUGGGCAUCGAGGCGGUGCGCAAGGCGCUGGAGCGGGAGCUGUACCACGUCAUCUCCUUCGACGGUUCCUACGUCAACUACCGUCACCUGGCGCUGCUGUGUGACACCAUGACGUCGCGCGGGCACCUGAUGGCCAUCACCCGGCACGGCGUCAACCGGCAGGACACCGGGCCGCUCAUGAAGUGCUCCUUUGAGGAGACGGUGGACGUGCUGAUGGAGGCGGCGGCGCACGGCGAGAGCGACCCGAUGAAGGGGGUGUCGGAGAACAUCAUGCUGGGGCAGCUGGCCCCCGCCGGCACCGGCUGCUUCGACCUGCUGCUGGAUGCCGAGAAGUGCAAGCACGGGAUGGAGAUCCCCAGCGCCAUCCCUGGCCUGGGUGUGGGCGGCUCUACCGGGAUGUUCUUCGGCUCAGCGCCCAGCCCCAUGGGGAACAUGUCCCCCGCCAUGACACCCUGGAACCAGGGGGCCACCCCUGCCUAUGGGGCCUGGUCUCCCAGCGUGGGCAGCGGCAUGACCCCUGGGGGGGCCGGCUUCUCCCCCAGUGCCGCUUCAGACGCCAGCGGUUUCAGCCCCGGUUACUCGCCUGCCUGGUCACCCACCCCCGGCUCCCCCGGAUCCCCGGGGCCCUCCAGCCCCUACAUCCCCUCCCCAGGUGGGGCCAUGUCCCCCAGCUACAGCCCUACGUCACCUGCCUAUGAGCCGCGGUCUCCCGGGGGCUACACCCCGCAGAGCCCCAGCUACAGCCCCACCUCUCCGAGCUACAGCCCGACCUCACCCAGCUACAGCCCCACCAGCCCCAACUACAGCCCGACUUCGCCCAGCUACAGCCCGACUUCUCCCAGCUACAGCCCCACCUCGCCCAGCUACAGCCCCACCUCGCCCAGCUACAGCCCAACUUCGCCCAGCUACAGCCCGACCUCACCCAGCUACAGCCCGACCUCGCCCAGCUACAGCCCGACUUCUCCAAGUUACAGCCCAACUUCGCCCAGCUACAGCCCCACAUCACCCAGCUACAGCCCGACUUCUCCCAGCUACAGCCCAACCUCACCCAGUUACAGCCCCACUUCUCCCAGCUACAGCCCCACCAGCCCGAGCUACAGCCCGACUUCGCCCAGCUACAGCCCCACAUCCCCCAACUACAGCCCCACAUCCCCCAACUACACCCCAACCAGCCCCAGCUACAGCCCGACUUCUCCCAGCUACAGCCCCACCAGCCCCAACUACACCCCGACCUCGCCCAACUACAGCCCCACCUCGCCCAGCUACAGCCCCACCUCGCCCAGCUACAGCCCCACAUCCCCCAGCUACUCCCCCUCCAGUCCCCGCUACACCCCGCAGUCGCCUACCUACACCCCCAGCAGCCCCAGUUACAGCCCCAGCAGCCCCAGCUACAGCCCCUCCUCCCCCAAGUACACCCCGACCAGCCCCUCCUACAGCCCCAGCUCCCCCGAGUACACCCCGACCAGCCCCAAGUACAGCCCCACCUCACCGAAGUACAGCCCCACCAGCCCCAAGUACAGCCCCACCUCUCCCACCUACAGCCCCACCAGCCCCAAGGGCUCCACCUACAGCCCCACAUCGCCGGGCUACAGCCCCACGUCGCCCACCUACAGCCUGACCAGCCCAGCCAUCAGCCCCGACGACAGCGACGACGACAACUGAGCAGGGGGGGCCUCCUCAGGUUGUGGGGCUGACCCCCAAGUGUGGGGCAGGGCGGGGCCGCGGACGCGGCCCUGUGGGAAUUGGAAGGGGGGGGAGGGUGUGGGAAUGGGUGUUAAUUGAGGGGUGUCGUUAGUUAAUGAGUGGGAGAUAGGGAUGAGGGUGAUGGGGGGGGGGAGUUGAGGGGCACCCCCCGGCAAUGGUGGUGGUGAUUUUUGGGUGGGGGGGGUCCUUUUUUUACCUUCCCCUCCCCCAUCAUUUACUUUGAUUCAUGUAUUUGGGGAGAAAUUGUUGUAAUUUUGCUUUCGGGGGAAAUAAAAGGUUUUACUGAGUUUCACUUUU